GAGCCACGGCCCCACUUCCGCCCGUGCGGGAGACCCCGGAGCGGAUAUAGCGGCCCCUGCUUCCGGUUUGACUCCUUUUCGGCCGCGACCGCCUCCACGCGAGCAUGCCUCUCGCCAAGGACCUGCUGCAUCCAUCCCCCGAGGAGGAGAAGAGGAAACACAAGAAGAAGCGCCUGGUGCAGAGCCCCAACUCCUACUUCAUGGACGUCAAGUGUCCCGGUUGCUAUAAAAUCACCACUGUCUUCAGCCAUGCUCAGACUGUGGUUCUGUGCGUGGGCUGCUCAACUGUGCUGUGCCAGCCCACCGGGGGAAAGGCAAGGCUUACAGAAGGAUGUUCCUUCAGACGAAAGCAGCACUAACCUAAACAAGAGCAUCUCUGAGAUGGGUGUGACUACCCGCACAGUGACCACAUGCAGGUACAUGUGUCCCUAGGAGCAUAGGACUCUACCUCAAAGCACUAGUGUGAGGCAGGCUAGGUGCUUUGCAGAAACAGAACGUGGUUGGAGAAUGUGACUUACUGUCCAUGUAGCCUCUCCCAUCUCGCUCUCAAUAAAUUUUGGAUAAAACAUA